GUUUAUUUCCCAGGAACUCAUGAAAAGGCAGGUCGCAGAACAAAGCUAAUUGUGCAAGUCAUCACACCUUUGUACCCAGUGUCAAGAUACAAGGUUUUCGACAGGAAAAAGCAUUUCAAAAAUCUCAAAGAGUAUACGUGAACUUUAUCCUCUUGGUCUGAUACUGAAUGGUGGGGACGUUCGUGCAGAUUUAACCAAGAUUCAUGGAUUAGACUCAUGGAAUAUGUUAUCCUCUGGGGGGUCACUACCCCCUGGAUGGCGAAGGCUGGAAAUAAGUAGAAAACAAGGCAAGACUUCUAAACAUUAUGACGUAUACUUUUAUGCUCCAGAUGGUACAAAGCUGAGGUCAUAUCCGGAGCUGGAAAAAUACUUUGAAAGCCACAAAGAUUUAAAACCUGUGCCUCGAUCGUGUUUUAGUUUUGCUCGGGUGCAACCUCUUAGGCCCAAUGAUGUAGGUAAAGGAGAUUGCUUCAUUAAAACGUUAUCGAAAAAACACAAUCGGUAUUUUUACGAGCCUUGUGGACAGCCCGGAACUGAUUACUUCCUAAAAAACCAAAAAGCAGUGUCUGAAUUGGUUUCAAGUUAUCUUGGUCAGAAACCCCAAAGCACUGAAAUUGGUCCUGACGUCAACAAUAACGAUAGCUUCACUACUUGUGCAUCUGCCCUUGAUUUAGAGGGCGAAUCAUUUUCGGAUAAGGACUCAUCCAUGGGUAAGAACAAUAAAGUACACAAAAUAAAAAGAAAAUUCAAAGCUGACGACGAAAGAAGAGCAACUGUAAAGCCAGAUCAAGUCACUGAUAAAGAGGAACCUAGAUCGACAUUGGCAGACAAUUUUAAUCAGAUAGCCAAAGGGAAUCGGCAAGGCAUGAUGGAGCAGCAAUAUAUAUCAUCUGGUACCAAACCAGCGCCCGUUUUUAAUAGGAAUGUGAAGCUUUUGAUUGAUACUGGUGAUAAAUUAAACAAGAACGGUGAAGCUAAAGAUCUUUUUGAAGCUUUGCCUGUCUCUUCAGAGAAAAGGAAUGGUGCAACUUUAAGACGCUCUAGAGUUAAUGUUGCAGAAGCAGGCCCCUGUACGUCUUGUAUCAACGAAGAAGGUGCACGACUUAUCGCCACUAGGGAUAAUACAGAGAAACAUAAAGAUAAUUUGAGAUCUGUUAAGUCUGCAGAGGUUUGUCUGAAAAGUCAAAGCGCAUUAGACAAAGUGAAAUCCAGUGACGCUGCAGAUAUCGAUAAAAAUGACUUCAUUCUCGAAAUAGGCUCAAGCCAUGCAAAGAAAAAUGGUAUUGUACUUGAUAGAGCCCUCAUAAAACCAACGAAAGAAAAGUUUUCAAGGCAUGGAAAAAAGCGUUUGUACAUAAACAAGUUAACCGAAACCCUCAAAAGGCGACAAAUCUCCCGUAGAAAAAAGAUCAAGCAAAAUUUGCAAGCUAAUUAUCUAGAUACUGAAUCAAAGAAGUUUUACAAGAAACGGCUGGCAUACAAAGGGAAACUUAACGAAGACAAUCGAGAACGAAUUUGCGAAACGAAUGUUGAUUUUAGUAAAGUUUCAUCAAAUGAACCACAGAUAAAGUUGAAUUGUACUCUGUCUGACAGCAACAGUACUACAUGCUCUUUUGCAUCUGAAAAAGCAUCGAUGCCAAAGAGGUUUCAAGGCAGUGAGGAACAAGCUACGACCUUCGUUUAUGAUGAGAGAUUUAUGUCCUUAAGACUGAGGAAUAACAGCAAGGGCCCUCUCAAAGGCUUAAACCUGGCAGUUCAUAAGGAGCCCUCUGAACAUAUAAAUUCACGGUCGAUAGAAAGCAGUGAAUUGGCAAAGACCUAUCAGAAUUGCUCUACCAAUGAUAAUACGGGUGACUUUGCGGCUUUAAGCCAGAAUGGUCUUUUAAAAGGUACUGCUGCCAAGAGGUUAAAAAAGCAUUGCAUACCAGCUUUUUACACCGAGUCAGCUGAUACUGAAAAAACUACGAAGGGUAAGCAAACUGCAUCGUGUACACAAGCUAAGCCAAGUACACUGCAAGACAAUGAAUCACUAUCUUCAGCUGAAGGCAAAGACACCCAGUCAUGCAAGUCUCAAGUUAUGACAGGUGAUGGGACUUUCUCACCAGUUUCUAGAAGGAUGCGGCGAAAUAAUCCUUCUCUCGCAAAACGUUUGAAUUACAGGGAUUGCACGAGUGGAAAAACCAAUGGAAACUCACUACCAAGUCAAACAAAAGAUAUCAGCUGUUUGUCUAUUACUCCGUUUAAUCAUCUGGAUGACGAAAAAGGUGAUUCUGAAUCACUUCCAGGAAGGCUCCGUAAAAGAAAUGGCUUCAAAGUAAAUGGGAAAAAGUCUCACACAACAGGAAAAAAAGUAGAAAAUUCUUCUAAAAGAGGAACAAGAAAAUGCUUUUUAGCAGAAACAGCAAGGAAUGCAGAAAAUGAAAAUUGUUCUAGUUUGGUUGAUAAAAGAGAAGACAGGCAUGGUCAUUCAGUUCAAAGACACAAUAUAAAGUCGACUGCUGGCAAAGAUGUUCCUCUACGGAAAAGAGAAUUUAAGGCAACAAAAGAUUUAGAACUUCAGAGAAAAAGUUCUCGAGGCAACGUUAACCAGCCAAAAUUGAAGAGCGUUUCUUCCAAAGCAGGUGCCAAUAUCCAAGUUUCAAAGGAUAGCAAAAGCGUGGGAAUUGCGCCAGUCGGAAAAAAAUCGAAGAAAUCGCAAUGCAUUUCAAAGAAAAAGCAAGAAACGAAACUGUCGUCCCACUAUCAUUGGGAGGAUUUUAAUAAAAGAAAGGACACAAAGCUGGUGUCUUUUGUGCAAAGAAGAAAGUCUAAAAAAUUAUCUCUGUCGUAUGUUACCAGAUGCUGUGGAAAGCUGGCUGGUUGGGUGCGUAUUGUCACACAACGCCAGCAGGGAGAAAGUUCAGGAACAUGGGAUGCCAUGUAUGUUUCUCCAGACAACUGCAAGUUGCGCUCCAGGCCUGAUGCAGAAAAGUACAUUUGUCUCGUCGCUCCAAACAGAAGCAAGAAUAUCGGUCAGUGGGAACGAGGCUGGCAUUUAAUAUCUGAGAACAAUAUGCUACUGAAUUCUAUUGAACGUAAAUGCUCGGAAGUGAAAGAAGGUAUGACGAGGCGUAGUACAAAGAACACGUUUGACGACUGCCAAGAUAGGCCGAUAGAUGAAGACGAUACUAAUGCGACUAAAAAGAAACGAGGUAAAUGUUAUCACGGUAUAAAAAGAAAUAUAACUCUUAGUGCUGAAGAUAGAUCUAAACUGGGUGCCUUUGUUGAGAGAAAAACUGAAGGUAUUAACACCCGACGUCAUGCUCAUAGACUGAGUUUAGUGGGUGAUAAUAAGGCUGAACAAACCUCAAAAAUUGUACCUAAAAUGGUUUCAAAACCUGACAAAUAUUUUGAAGGUGAAGACGACAAAUUGUCAGAAACUUCAGCUUCAUCUGUGAAUGCUCCAAUCCCUCACGUGACACAAAAAAUCGUGAAAAACCGCAGAAUAAAGUCAACUGAACCCAAAGGUUGUGCGGAAUCUAAUUUUAGAAGAAAAUCAAGAAAAGUAGCCCCCUUAUUUUCAAAUUUCGAUCAAGAAACAAUAAAAGCAUCCAGAGGUCAAGAGUGCACAAGCAUAAACCAUGCGAUUGCAGAUUCUGCCACUAAAAGGGAAGCUGAGGAAAUUUUAGACAGUGAUAGAUCCAUCAUCGAAAAUCACCACACUUUGGAUUAUCCUAGCACUUUCAAUGAGCAAUCGAAAACCAAAAUAUUUGAAGAAGUUGGUUGCCCUAAAAAUGGUAAAGACAGCAUGUUCUCCGUUAAGCUGGAAGAUGAUUGUGCUCAAACUAUUGACUCGUGUACUGCCAUAACGGAUGCAGACGCUAAAAAGAUGAAUCAGGUUGAAGCUGGAGUUAACAGUGACUGUUCCCCGAUAAUUCCCACAAGUUCAACAGAUGAUAAACAUGAAUUUCAGAGAGGUGCUAGUUCAUUGUGUGAGAAGAAAGAUGAGUUUCCUUGCAGUAGAGCUGCUGUUAAGAACCGGGCCUGCCCAAGAAACAAAGCUUUACAUUUCGGGUCUGCUUCGGUAUCAGAGGAGGAGAUUGGAAAAAGUCGUGGCAGCAAAGAUUUAAAAGAGAUGUUACCACCGGUCAUUAGUAAAACAAGUGAAAAUAACGAUGAUAGUUUGAUCCCAAAACAGUUGUCGCAACACCAGCUUUCGAAAAAUCCAGAGCACAUUUCAAUUGCUGAUCAUAGCAAAAGACUUCAACAGGCUUUAGAUUCUUCAGUUCAGCCUCAGAUCAGUUGUAUGACACAAAAUGGUCCACCUGAAUGCUCUGAUGUUGUUGCUGGUUUGAGAAGGAGAGACAGAAAAUUAACACCUGCAAAGACCAAUCCAGAACAAAGGAAAAGUGUUGUAAUGAGAUACAGGAAAUGCCCAAGCAUCUACAAGAGAAGUGUAAACUCCAGUGUUGUUGUGAAAGAAAAGGACAAAACUGGGUAUAUUGGUCCUGACGACGGGUACGAAGUGAAUGUAUCAAGAUUUCGGAAAUGCAAAAGCAUCUACAAGAAAAGUGAAGAUGCUGGCGAUAUUGUGCACGAAAAUGAUAAGCUUAGGGAUAUUUGCUCUGACCAUAGGUGCCAAUUGAAUGCUUCAAGCUCUUUUUCCAAACCACUUCAAAUCAUCGAGACUAAAGAUGUUGUUUGCUCUAAAGAUGUUGAAGACAGCAAUGCCCCUGUCAGUUCCAAAGAUGAUUGUAGACAAACCGAGGAAUCAGUCAAUAGAGUUGAGUCAGAACAGACUUUAACAGUAUCACAAGGUGCAUGCAUAGAGAGAAUAGCAGUUGAACACGAUAUAGGCAGCUGCCUGAAGACUGGUGACAGUUUAAACGUUAGCAAGGCUGAUUGUUCUUUUGAAAUCACAAAUGAUGUAAAUUCUUCGCCUGUUUUGAUUAGUCAGGCAUGUUCUUCUAAUGUACCUGAUGCUAACAUUUCCUUUCCUCGCGAAGUCAGCAAGAACUUGCCAAAUUCCUCUGCACCAAUACUUGAGGAAAAGUCUGUAAAAAUAAAUUGCAUGCCUGAGGUAGAAGAAGAGUCGCCUUUAGUCACCGGAUUGGUUGAUGAAAGUUUAACUGGGAACUCAGUUGACGUUUUGAAUAAUUCUGAGAAAAAUUCCACUCCUUGUUCCAUAGUCGCUACGGACUCUAAAUGUGUUCUCAAAGAGAUUAACGAUGGGGUUGUUGUUGAUAAGGAAAAAGAAUCAAGAAGUGUUAAUAAUAUUGAUGUUUCAGGGUACAGUCAAUUGAAUAGUUUAGCUCUUGGGACUUCUGAAGGAGCUGCAAGUAUUGCAGAUAUGCUAGGAUAUGAUCCGAGAACGGCUGUUAGAGACUGGCAAGAAAAAAACGAAAGCGAUAGAGGCUGCAAGUUGAAAGGUAAGGGAAGCCUGGAGCUUGAAAAUGCCUCAAGGAUCAAAAGUGUUAAUAUGCCAUUAAGAAACGACGAUGAUAACCUAAACAAGGAACCUUUUGAAAAUACACGUAUUGAUGAAAGUAUGCCAGUGAAAACUGACAUCUCUGGGAAUGAUUCUUCAGAAAAAACUAAUGAAACAAAUUCUGUUUCCACUGUUGGGUCACAAAAGUGUCUAGAAUCAAAUUCGAGCAAAGACUGUCAUACUGAUUUACAGCAAAGGUUGACAGCGAUUAGUCAAAUUCUAGAAAACAGUGAUUCCUCGCCUUGUAAGCGAGUUAGGAGUGAAAUCGGCAAGGUCAUUGAGAGUCUCCUUAGUCUUGGAGGAUCUGAAUUGAAUUCUUUGUCGGAAAACAUUUCAAACUGUGGACGUGUAGAAAAAGUGAAUGAAAAUGCAGAAGAAAAGGAUCAGAAUCCCAGUAAUGGGACAAAAGGCGAUUGUUUGCAAAAUAACAUUGAAGAGAGUGAAUGUACAGAAUCUGAUGGAGCUCACUCUAAGCUUGUAGAAAGCAAGGCAGUGCAGACAGAACCUUGUGAUAUAGUACAUACAUGUGUUGCUUUAUUUGAGCCUAAACACAAAAAAGAUGUCAAUAACCAGAGUAGCGAUACUAUAUCCAGCUCUUCAGCCGCCUGUUUAAGCACUGUUACGUCAGAGAAACCAAUCACGGUAAAUGAACAUGUCGAUUCACACACGAGACAAAGAUCCGAUGUCUUGGGAAUGUUUGCAUCGUCUGAAACUGUAUCAGGGAUUGGCAAUGAACCUACAGAGUCGUCAAAGCAUUGCCUAGAUAGGGAAAAUAAAGUGAAAGCUUGCAGCGAAGGAAGUCACGUGGUGCAGGGCAAUGAUGAUAUCAACAACGAUGAUUCUCCCGGUCGAGAUAAUACGAGAUUGGUUCGGACAAAGAGAAAAAUAAAAGUGAAUGAAAAGGUUUUGGAUUUUUUUAAUAGAAGAAAAAGACGCCGAGAUAGUGGCAGUGGUAUUGGUGAAAAGGGGGAGGUGGAGAAAUUUAUUCAAUCGAGAAAAGGCAAGGUACUUGAGUCAGAGGAUCAGAAAGGGUUUGACUGUCAAAAUAAAACUAAGAUACUGCGAUUAGAAAAUACAAAUAACAAUUCAGUUGAAAGUUUUAGCAAUAAUAAGAGUCGAGAAGUAACGAAACCAGUAAGAUUAAGUUCUGAAAGACCCUUGAAUGUGGAAAGCGUCGAUAAAGUUAAAAUUGAGAAUGAAAGGUGUUCAUCAGCAAAGAAUAGAGACCAAACAACAGAAGAGUAUAACGAAAUGAGGUUAGGCUUACUAACAACACCUAAAGUUUUGGAGUUGACAGCACGUGAUGUUGAAAGUUCAAGUACUGCUGAAGAGAAUGCAAAAAAACGAAAAUUUUAUAAAAAAGAAAGGUUAGUCGCCUCAUCACCAACUGAACACAGUGCAUCUAGAAGUAGCUCACAUGAAGUAAAACGAAGCUCAGACAUCAACGAAUCCAUUUUGGGAGGUGAGAUUGAUAAAAGGACAUCACAAAAAGCAAAUGCUGGUCCUUCAAAAUUGUCAAAAGAAGCACCUGGUAUUGUUCAAAAUAUUGCCAUGAAAGCAAAUGUCCUUGAAAAUGACAAUGUUCGAAAGUCAGCCAGGCUUCUUAUCAAAAAUGGGUUUAGAAGCAUGGAAGAUAGAGAUAAUGCUAAAAGUGAUGAAAUUAAAACGGAGUCCAAAAGUGAUGAAAAAGACCACAAAUGUAGCUUUCGCUGUCUAAACGAUGGAAGCUGUCCAAGGUUAGAUAAAGGAGAAUCGUUAAAACUUUCUAGGAGAUGGUCUAGUGACGACCUUAAGCAUUAUGCUGGAAUAACAAGUCCGUAUUUUAGACAGAGAUACCGAGGACAGCGAUACAAUCCUAAAUGCAAGAAGAACAUAUUUGCUCGUGAAAAUUCGAAUGAUUCCAAAUCAAAACCAAAGGGAAAUACUAACUCAAACGAUAUCACUGCAGAAGCAUGCCGUUUAGAUCAUAGCUACUUCCUUGUUGGUGGUCAUAGUAACAGAGAGGAUGAAUACGCUGAAUCCAGAUAUAUGUCAGGGCCAAGUGUUGAUUAUGACUCAUAUGCUCUCACGUGGAAAGGCAAGUAUCAUGCUUUGCAUUAUUGCAAAGGCGGCAAUCAAAACAACGAGAGGUUGCCUCAUAGAAUAGCUUCAGCUAGUGAUCUAAGUUUAAAGCCAUGUGCCAAAUGUGGUACCCAAUAUGUUUUAAGAAGCACCUCCCGUGUGCCAGACAGACGAGACUUUUGUAAACAAUGUAUCCGUAGGAAGUAUCAGUCGACCACAAACUUUCAGGAUUGCACCCAGCCUUCAUUUUUUAACUCGAAUAGCAGAAAUGACAACAAAGAAAAAGAAGAACUUGUUUCAGUAAACUAUGAACUUCGAACAAGAAAGCAAUUGUUCCUGUCUAUAGUAGGGUUGUAUCAAGGAGACUAUACACAUCAUACAUCUGGAGGUGAUGCUCCUGCUCUGGAUGACAGGAAAUCAAUACUAGAAAGCACUCUUCCCCUAUCCGGCAAUAAUGACAUUUUACCCGAGGAAAAGCAAGAUUCGAUGUCUGUUAUAGUAUGUAACCCAGAUGCUAGAGAGAAAGAAGAAUCUCGUAGAUGGACCUGUCAUAAAGGUCGAAUACCGAACAUCCACUAUCGCAGAAUGGGAGUUAAGCGUGACCCAAGUGACGUUCAUAUAAACAACAAGCGUCUGAAGAGCAAAUAUUUUGAAACUUGUAUACGGAAUCGCCGCUCCGUCCGUAUAGCCAAGCAGGGAGGAAUGAAGUCUUGUAAAAAGGUGAGGCUCAAAGUUGGAAACAAGACCGUUUUUCGUGAUGACGCAAAGUCAAAAUCUAAUCAUCUUUUGCGAAAGUAUUUAAAGGUGAAGCGUUUGGAGAAACCUGCUGUUCGCAAUAUGAAAAAUGAUAAUGUAGUCAAGAAAGGUGAGCUUUGUUUAUCGCGUAAUUUGCAGGAAAAGAAGUCUUCGAGUAACGGUAAUUUACGAGAUGCUAAGUCAGAUAGACCAAGCAGUAGUAAAAAGUUUGCAGCGAAGAACAGAAAUGCAAAAGUACCUUCCUGCAAAGAAGGAGAAAGCAAAAAUACAACUAAGGAUACUUGUCAAUGCUCUAAGUCCAGUGGAGCUAAGGAAAAAUCGAAUCGACGUGGCAAACAUAUGGAGGGCAUCUAUAAGCCUCCAAAAUCGCCUUACAACUUGAUACAAGAGGUGCUGUAUGAAAACCCAUGGAAACUUUUGGUGGCAACGAUAUUCUUGAACAAAACAAGUGGUAAAUUGGCAAUACCAGUAAUGUGGAAGUUCUUUGAGCUGUGGCCAGAUCCAGAGACGACAAUGUAUGCGGACUGGAAGGAAAUCGCAGUUUUGCUGAAACCUCUUGGCUUGCAUGAAAGAAGGUCGCGCUCUCUUGUGAAAUUAUCUUCUGACUUCUUAACAAAGAAUUGGACAUAUCCAAUAGAACUCUAUGGGAUUGGAAAAUACGGAAAUGAUUCAUACAGGAUUUUUUGCCUUGGGGAAUGGAGAGACGUCAGACCAAAUGAUCACAAACUAAACCUGUAUCACGAAUGGAUUGUCGAGCAAGACAGACUUGGGACGCUAGAAAUCUGACUUACCUCGAGGUACCAAUAUAGUUUAUAGAUUUUUAAAAAAGUCUACUUUUUUUAGCUACAGUCACUACAGACGCUAUUUUCCAGGCAUGUGUUAAUUUAGCUUCAUAUACCGUCACACUCUGCUGAUAGUCACAUCUGCUCAAGAGACUCUGUGUGACUAUAUUCGUUUUUCGAUUGUAAGAAUUGCAAAUCUUGGGCACCUGAUUUCAAUCAGUUCUACAAAAUCUCAUGGGUUUUCGUGAUGCUCGGCCAAAACACUAUUGCUCGAACUGAUUUUUAUGCUGCAGUUGCAAAAAUUUGUUGUAGGCCAAAUUCCAAUCUCGCAUUCCAUGCAUAGCACUUUUAAAGUAUUUUGUAACGGCUGUUGAAAUUUGAUUAGUGUGCAGUAAAAUAUCACAUUACAAUUCUUUUCCAAAUUACCCAACUACGGUAGAUUUUCUGUUUUACCAAACUUUUUACUUGAUAUUUUGAGGAUGGAAAUUGUUUUAUGUUUUUUAUGAUUUAGCCUUCAUUUCAUUUGACGUUGUUUGGUUUCGUACAUAUUGUGUAAUUUUAUGGUUAUCAGGUAUACAAUAUUUAAAGUGAGCCAUUUGUGUAUAGUUUCAAGUAUAUGUAGGUUGAUAAUCUCAAUAAGAAAAGGAGUUUAGUAUAAAUUUUUGCAUUUAUGCCUUUAGCUUGUUGGCAUCAAAUUAUUUCUUCUAAAUUCAUGUUCAAUUACUUAUAUUUUUAUGUAAAUAUUAGUUUAUUUUAGACUUAUGUACUGUACCUUUGUAUACUUUAAUUUUGAGUUUUAUUUUCUGUUAUUCAACAAUCAAGAUGCAUUUUACGUUGCAUUUUCUUAUUGAGAUCCGUAAUAAGCUAGUGUCUUUGGAUAUAUUUGUUGUCCAUUUUGA